AUGACCUCAAAUUCUACCGACUACGCGAAAGGCCUGCACGCCUUCGGCCCUUCAGUCACCGGGCAUUUCGAUUUCACCCCUUUGUUUGAAGAAUCCAUCCUUUCCAUCAUCCCUUCCGCGCUGCUGCUCCUCGCUUUGCCAUUCAGACUGUGGUCACUGCAUAAGCAACCGCCGAAAAUAAUAACAUCGGCAAGAGUUCUCUAUGGCAACAAGUUGGCCUUGCUGGUAGUCUUUGCAGUAUUUCAAGCCGCAAUACUGGUCCUCUAUGCUGCCAAUGCUAGUGUCAGGACUCCAAGUACAGUAGCUGCUGCUGCUUUGGUCGUCGCCGAUGCACUUGGGCUGUUGAUUUUGUCUCACGCGGAGCAUUUUCGCUCUAUUCGACCGUCCAACAUCAUCAAUAGUUACUUGUUCAUAACCUUGUUAUUUGACAUUGCUCGCACCCGAACCUUGUGGAUUCAACAUGCUCCGAAGCCCAUUGCUUCAAUCUUCUCCGCUACGGUUGCGGUCAAGCUCUUCAUGUUAAUUGCCGAGGCGAUAGAGAAACGCAAAAUAUUGUCGCCCCGGUACGCAAAUGCUUCCCCCGAAGCCACCAGUGGUAUUUACAGUCGUGCUUUCUUUUGGUGGCUGAACGAGACAAUGUCAACGGGGUUUCGGAGGGUUAUCCACGAAGCCGACCUAUUUCCUUUAGACGACGCGCUCAGCUCAAUUGUUCUGAAAAAGGAAGCCGAGACUUCCUGGGGCAAGGUAGACAAGAAUCGAUCCCACGCCCUGUUGUGGGCGACCUUGAAUGCUAACCGUGAGAGAUUGGUAGCUGGUAUAUUUCCUCGCCUGUUCAUGAUUGGCUUUCGUUACGCUCAGCCUUUUCUUCUAGCGCGAACCAUCGACUUUGUCAGCUCGAAUGCGCCCGAUAAUAUAGGCUGGGGACUUACGGGCGCUUUCCUUGUUGUAUUCCUCGGAAUGGCGAUUGCAAGUGCACUAUAUUACCAUAUGUGUUAUCGUUUUAUCACUAGUCUUCGGGGGUCUUUGGUAACCAUGAUCUACACGAAGACUGUGGACUUGAACAUUACUGCUCUAGAUGAAUCGGCGGCCCUCACUCUAAUGUCAAACGAUACAGAAGUAGUAUGUGGCGGCUUCCAAAACUUGCACGAGCUCUGGGCUGUACCUAUAGAAUUAGGUAUAGCACUAUGGCUGCUUCAGAGGCAAUUGGGCCUGUCGUUCCUUGCUCCGGCCGGUGUUGCUAUUAUAUCCGCGCUAUGCACUGUGUGGAUUUCCCAGUACAUCGGGAAUGCCCAAAAGAUUUGGAACAAAGGCAUCCAAACGCGUGUUGAUGUCUCGACAUCCAUGCUGGGUUCAAUGAAGGCUGUGAAGAUGCUUGGGUUUCCUCCCAUAAUUACACAAAUUGUGCAAGGACUUCGUGUCAAGGAGUUGCGACUUUCCUUUGUCUUCAGACGAUUACUGACGGCUAGCGCCUUCUUUUCAAAUAACAUGAGGUUACUUGCACCACUAGUGACAUUUGUAUUUUUCGUUCCGUUUGAGAACGCGCUCGGAAGAGAAUUGAACGCGUCCACGACGUUCACAGCCCUCUCCCUUAUUGCGCUGCUGAACCAACCUGUUGGUAACCUCCUCAGAACGAUACCUAGUGUUAAGGCUGGCUUAGCUUGUUUCGAUCGAAUUCAAGCAUACUUAAAAUCGGAGUGCCGUCAAGUUCACGUCUUGGCACUCAAUAAUUCAUCUACCAGCUCUAGUUCAGGCAAAGAUCCCGUCUCGGUCAUAGAGUUUGAUGUUGAGGCCGACCAAAACAUUCUACUUGAAGAUCUUCAAACUAAACCACAAGGCUCUUCAGAGAUAGUGAUAGACGUUCGCAAUGCUAGCUUUGGAUGGAGUCGUACUGCUACUCCUCAAAUCAACGAUGUCACCUUUUCAGUUCAUCGAGGGAAUUUUGUAUUCAUCGUUGGUCCUGUUGGAUGCGGUAAAUCUACGUUACUAAAAGGUUUGAUGAGUGAGACACCGUCACUCAAAGGUUUCGUAUAUGGCAAUACGUUGGAAAGUGGAUUUGGCGACCAGACCCCAUGGAUUCAAAACACCACUAUUCGACAAAAUAUUGUUGGUAUGUCUGCCUUCGACGAGACUUGGUACGCAGAGGUCGUCGCAGCCUGUGCUUUGGACUAUGAUAUUGCAGCUCUGCCCGAAACACAUGAGACGAUCGUCGGAAGUCGAGGCAUAUCCUUGAGUGGUGGCCAAAAGCAGCGUGUAGCUCUUGCUCGUGCCUUGUACUCAAAGAAGGAGCUGAUUAUCAUUGAUGAUUGUUUCUCAGGCCUUGAUGCCGAAACAGAAGAAAGGGUAUUUGUCAACUUCUUUGGCCAGCAGGGCUUUCUUCGAAAGUCGGAGACGACAGCAAUUCUAGUCACCAAUGCUGUUACACGACUAUCAUAUGCGGAUUAUAUUAUUUCUUUGGAUGCCCACGGGCAAAUUGCAGAGCAAGGCACCUUUAUGCAGUUGCAGCACGGUGGCGGCUACGUCCAGAGCCUUGCCACCAAUCACAGAUAUGAAACCGAAGAUUCGAGCGCGCCGACGACUAAUGGAGAUGUAGACAAGAAAGCCUUCACAGCACAGCCAAUUCUUAGUGAAGACGCCAUCAAAGCCAGAGCCAACAUCAAAGCUCAGGAGGAUGACUUAAGUAGGCCGGUCGGCGAAUUCUCCACUUAUAAGUACUAUUUCAGCUCGAUCGGGUGGUCGAGUACCCUCUUAUGGUUGUUUUACACCGUCCUAUCUGGAGUGGCAGCUAAAUUGACCGAACUACUCGUCACAUAUUGGACUGAUGCUCUGUUGGUUUAUGGCACAGAAGUUAAUGCGCUCUAUUUGGGAUUGUAUGGAAUGCUAGCUGGGAUUGGUACGGUUUUCUGGACCGUCGCUUGCUACCAUUUCUUUCUUUACCUAGUGCCGGUCAGCGCAGAGAAACUCCAUGCAAGACUUCUUAGCACAGUCAUGAAUGCUCCUCUUGCCUUCUUCACAUCUACAGAUACGGGCGUGACAACAAACAGAUUCAGCCAAGACAUGUCAAUCGUCGACCAAGAUCUUCCCUUUGCAUUGAUCGAUCUCGUUGUUGCGGUGGUUCAAGCAAUCAUGGGCGCAAUCUUGAUGUGCUUUGUCGCAGGCUACUUUGCCCUUACCUUGCCUCCUGUGAUACUUGUGGUCUGGCUACUCCAGAAAUACUAUCUACGUACUUCCCGUCAAGUUCGGCUUCUUGAUCUCGAAGCCAAAUCGCCACUAUACUCCCACUUCAUCGAGUCGCUUUCUGGUCUUGUGACUGUCCGAGCUUUCCAAUGGUCAGACGCCUUCGUAGAGAAUCAUCUGGUCUUGCUUGAUAAUUCGCAAAAGCCAUAUUAUUUACUUUGGUGUAUUCAGAGAUGGCUGGCGCUCAUUCUUGACUUGAUGGUUACGGUUCUCGCUGUAAUUCUGAUGGUGCUUAUUGUCAAGCUUAGAAACUCCGUUGGUUCUGGAUACGUUGGGUUGGCACUCCUGAAUGUGAUAAGUUUCAGUCAAUCCUUAGCUUGGAUUAUCAGACAGUGGACCUCUCUGGAGACAUCUAUUGGGGCUGUUUCCAGACUCAAAAAUUUCACUCGCACUACCCCGGAUGAGAACCUGCCGGGCGAGAAUCAGCUCGUUCCUGAUGGCUGGCCCUCAAGUGGCGCUAUCGAGUUCAAAAACCUGUCGCCUUCCUAUACCAUUGACGGACCACCGAUACUCAGGGAUAUUAAUAUGUCUAUCAAUCCAGGAGAAAAGAUAGGAAUCUGUGGCCGUACUGGAAGCGGCAAAAGCUCGUUAAUCAUGACACUCCUUCGUCUUCUGGAAAUUCCCUCGGAAAGCUCUAUACUUGUCGAUAACAUCGAUAUCGCCAAAGUCGAUCGCCAAAUCAUUCGCUCGCGGAUCAACGCAAUACCCCAAGAUCCAUUCUUCAUAAAAGGGAGUAUCCGACUCAAUGCUUCUCCCAAGAGCAUCCACAGCGACGUAGAGAUAAUCGCGGCUCUCUCGAAAGUCGAGCUAUGGUCAACAGUGGAAUUGAAAGGUGGACUGGAUGCUCCACUAGAACAAGAAUUCUUCUCUCAUGGCCAGCGACAGCUCUUUUGUCUCGCCCGUGCCAUUCUUCGUCGAAGCAGAGUCGUUGUUCUGGACGAGGUGUCUAGCAGCAUCGACGUAACUACAGACAAGCUUGUGCAGCGCGUGAUUCGGGAGGAAUUCCGGGACGCUACAAUCAUUUCGGUGGCGCAUCGUCUGGAUACCAUUCUAGACUUUGAUCGGAUUGCUUUGUUGAGUGAUGGGAAGCUGGUGGAGUUUGAGUCACCAAAAAGAUUGUUGCAGAGACCGAGUGCAUUUAGAGAGUUAUACAACUUUUGA